GCAUGGGACAUUUGACCUGACACGGUGGCAAAUUCUAUUUAAAUUUCCUUGUCGAUUUCAAAAGAAUUGCAAUUUCUCCAGAACGUGGCAUUGUAAACUGUACUCUAUAAAUCUAUCGUAGAAAAUUUAAACUAAAGCGAAAUCUACGCUUGAAAGCUUCGAGAUGUGUGGGAUAUUUGCCUACCUCAACUAUCUCGUCCCAAGAGACAGGAAAUUUAUCAUCGAUACACUCAUAAAAGGUCUCAAACGCUUGGAAUAUAGAGGCUAUGAUUCGACUGGAAUUGGUAUUGAUGGCGACGUCAAGUUACAUGGUUCCGAUUUGAAACAAAUAAAGUUGGUGAAAAAACGAGGAAAAGUGAAAGCUCUUGAGGAUGCAAUUCAGAAGGUACAAGAUCUCAAUUUUGAUGCAAAUUUUGACAUUCAUUUCGGCAUUGCUCACACAAGAUGGGCGACUCAUGGUGUGCCAAAUGAAGUGAACAGUCAUCCACACAGGUCAUCACCAGAAAAUGAAUUCAUUGUCAUUCACAAUGGCAUUAUCACAAAUUUCAAAGACCUUAAAACCUUCUUGCAAGGCAAAGGUUACAAGUUUGAGUCAGACACUGACACAGAAGUGAUUCCGAAACUGGCCAAAUAUUUGUAUGAGACAUCUAAAGGAGAGGAGGGAACUGUGUCCUUUCGAGAAAUUGUUGAACUUGUAGUAAAGCAACUGGAAGGAGCUUUUGCUUUAGUAUUUAAAAGCCUUCACUUUCCUGGUCAAUGUGUUGUUGCAAGACGUGGUAGUCCUUUGCUCAUUGCGAUAAAAAGCAAAUCACCCCUGACAGUAGACAAAGUGCCAAUUUUGUAUAGUGAAGAUAACCCAAUGAAAUUGUCUCGAAGUGACAGUCUGGAUAGCAUGGGAAGCACUAACUCUAUGUAUUACAAUGUGUCCGAAGGAACCGCCAUCGAGUAUUUCUUUGCGUCUGAUGCAAGCGCCGUAAUUGAACACACUAAUCGAGUUAUCUACCUUGAAGACAAUGACGUUGCUUCAGUGGUUGACGGAAGUCUUUUCAUUCACCGAUUGAAGAAGGAACAGAAGACGGAUGGAGUUAUGCAUCGAGAGAUUCAAACAUUGCAAAUGGAGUUGCAACAAAUUAUGAAAGCUGGUUACAGCACGUUCAUGGAAAAGGAGAUUUUUGAACAACCGGAAAGUGUCAUCAACACCAUGCGUGGACGAGUUGAUUUUGACAAUUACAAAGUAACCUUGGGUGGUUUGGUAAAAUAUGUUGAUAUCAUAAGAAGAUGCCGUCGUCUGCUUCUCAUUGCGUGUGGUACUAGUUACCAUAGCGCUUUGGCGACUCGUCAAAUGUUGGAAGAGCUUACCGAACUUCCGGUCAUGGUCGAACUCGCGAGUGACUUCUUAGAUCGAGCCACGCCCAUAUUUCGUGAUGACGUAUGCUUCUUUAUCAGCCAAUCAGGUGAAACAGCUGACACUCUGAACGCGUUGCGUUACUGCAAGGAACGUGGCGCUCUUUGCGUUGGCAUCACUAACACAGUUGGAAGUACUGUGUCACGUGAGACGAAGUGCGGUUGCCAUAUCAACGCGGGACCUGAGAUUGGCGUCGCUAGCACAAAGGCCUACACCAGCCAGUUCCUAACUUUGGUGAUGUUCGGCUUGAUGGUGAGUGCUGAUCGCCUGUCAAAGGUGGAACGAAGAAAGGAGAUAAUCGAUGCCAUGAGGAAACUACCAGAACUUAUUAAAGAAGUUUUGAAAGUUGACGUUAAGAUCAAAGAACUUGCGCAGGAGCUUUAUGAACAAAAAAGUUUGUUGAUUCUUGGUCGUGGCUACAACUUCGCCACCUGUCUCGAGGGAGCUCUGAAAGUCAAGGAACUCACCUACAUGCACUCCGAAGGUAUAAUGUCCGGAGAAUUAAAACAUGGUCCUCUUGCAAUGGUGGACAAAGUAUUACCAAUCGUUAUGAUCAUAACUAAGGAUCGACUUUACCAGAAAGUCAUGAAUGCUCUCCAUGAGGUAACAGCCAGGCAGGGUCGUCCUAUCAUAUUGUGUUCCAAAGGUGACGAAGAAGUGAAGAAAUAUGCGUUCCGUCAUGUUGAAAUACCACAGACAGUCGACUGCCUUCAAGGGAUUCUCACUGUUAUACCAUUACAACUUCUCUCCUUUCACGUUGCUUGCUUACGUGGAUAUGACGUUGACUGCCCAAGAAAUUUGGCGAAAUCCGUGACAGUGGAAUGAGAAUUGUACAUUGACAGACUGAAAAAACAUUAAUAUAACCCAUCAAACAUAUUUUAAGAUGGUCUGAAAACCGUCAGCCAUAUUUUUAGGCUUUAUGCUAUAUUUUCGGGGUUUUUUCUCCAACAAUUUCAAGUAAUCUUUCAAUGGCAUCAGCGUGUCGAAUCACUCCAAACAUAUUGUUUACAUCAUGAGGACCUUUUGAAGAUUUCGUGGUCUUAAAACCAUUUUGUGUUUCUUCCUAACAUACUGAUUUAGCGUAUAAUAAAUUUUCCUGAUUUUUAUAAUACUGCCAGCCAUUCAAAAUUUGUAGUAAACUCUCAAUUCUAAUCUACAAGUUGACGAUUAUAUACCCUACGUGGACAAAAUGACAUCCAAGAAUCAAGAUUGUAGAAACAUUCAACUGUAAGUUUACUAUACGGCUACAAUAAUUCAAAAAAAGGUGCGACCCUUCUGCACGAAAUUAACCACAAAAUAUAAACAAUGUAAUCAUCGCAAGAUAGUCAAAACAUCAAAUAAAAAUAUUAAAUGUCA